UGAAUCGCCGCAAAAGUCUCAACGUUGCGAGGUUGAGUCCUGCCGGAGUCCUGAUUGGCUGCAGCGGCCGUUCGCUGCGCGCUGAUUGGGCACGAGGAUUCGGGGGGCGCGUCUGUGUUUAUUCCCGGUUCCGGAGAAGGCGGAUUUGUGAAUGGGCGCCCCCCAUGAGCGAGCCCCGCGCUUUGAGCAGGGAGGAGGCGUCGCGCCUGCGGCCUCCCCAGUGGAAACAUGCCUGCCACGCCCUUCUCUAUGCGCCCUGCCCCGGUCGCCUCUUCGGGAAGAUCCCGCUGCGUUUCGCGGUGUUGAUGCAGAUGCGGUUUGACGGGCGUCUGGGUUUCCCAGGUGGAUUCGUGGACCUGCAGGAUGUCUCCCUGGAAGAAGGUCUGAACCGGGAGCUUCGCGAAGAGCUGGGUCCCGGUGCUGCCUUCCUGCGUGUCGCUGAGUGUGACUACGUGAGCUCCCACGUCUCUGAGAAGCCACAGCAAGUGGUGGCACACUUCUACACGAAGCAACUCAGCCUGGAGGACCUCCGGACCAUAGAGGAUCAGGCCACACGGGCGAAAGAGCACGGGUUAGAGGUGAUGGGACUCGUCCGUGUGCCGCUGUACACUCUGCGCGAUGGUAUCGGGGGUCUCCCGGCUUUCCUUACCAACACUUUUAUCGGUAGUGCUCGAGAGCAGUUGCUUCAUGCCCUGGAAACUCUCCAGCUUGUGCCAAGAGAGCAACUCCAGAAAGCCGUGACUGUGGCCCAGAAGAGACUGUGAUCCCUCCUUGCUGCGACGGCCUCUUGGAAAGGCGGUGUGAUCUGAUACCCCGAGAACCUUAGAUCCCUCAAUCGUCCUCUUUUAAAUCUGACUCCACUGGGGUUGUGGAAAAGGAUUUAAACUUGCAGGUUGUGCGGAGGGUUUCUCUGCCUGUGUUGAUGUUAUUGACGGUGUCCAUCUGUAUCAGCAAGGUUUAAAGUGUUAAACUAAAUUGA